AUGCAGGCGGCUACUGACGGGAAUGAAAGUGGUCGAGUCCACCCCUCGGCGGUAGUCGUGCGGUCGAGCGUAUCGACCACCGCGACCUUGCAAAAUGAUCCGUGGGGCCAGCCGCCACCGGGGUACGUGCCGGGUCGCGGGCGUGGCGCGACGGGGUUCGCGGGCGGCGUAAGUCGCGACGAUGCGAGUUCGUCGUUGUCGACGACGGUGGACCUGGAUCGCGGGGACUAUAGCGAAGCGAAGUACGACGCGUUUGCGGGUUUCCAAGAAAGUCUGUUCGGCGAUGCGGUGCUGGACGAGGACGACAAGGAAGCCGAGGCGACUUAUCGGCGCGUGGAGGAGGUGAUGGACGAGAGGCGGAAGCGGCAGCGCGAUAGGACGUUGAAGGAGCAAGUGGAGAAGGCGCGGGCGGAGAAGUCGACGUUGCAGCAGACCUUCAGCGAUUUGAAGCUGCGGUUAGCGCAGGUCACUCCCGAGGAGUGGGAUGGUAUUCCUGAUAUCGGCGAUGUUCGACUAAAUAAGAAACAAAAACGUUGGGACCGUCAGGCGCCGAUCCCGGAAAAAUUCCGCGCUAAGGAGGCCAACUACCUGCUGCCCCUCGGCAGCCUGCCCGCCGGCGCGGCCACGUCCCUGGGCGGAACGCAGACGCCCCUCGGCGUUGCACCACCCAGCGGCGUCCAAACACCGUUGGCCGGCACCCAGACUCCGUUGGGACUGCAGACCCCGUUGGGUUACCAAACCCCUCUGGGCCUCCAGACCCCCAUGGGACUCCAGACUCCGUUGGGACUGCAGACCCCCCUGGGACUCCAGACUCCGUUGGGACUGCAGACCCCGCAUGGUCUCCAGACACCUUUGCCUGCCGGUGGCGCGUUGGUCAUGGGCGAGGCGCGGAACGCGGCGCUCUUUACACGUCUGGAUGCCGUGAGUGCGGAUUCGAGACGAACUCACGGCGAGGCGGUGGGAGUGGACGCGGCUGGUUAUUUGACUCAGUUGGACGGACGGUCGGUGUUGAAUUCGCAGGACUUACAGAAGAACAGAGCGUUGAUGAAAUCGAUAGUGGUGACGAACCCUGCUAAUGCGAGUGGGUGGUUGGCGUAUGCUCGUCUGGAGAUGCAGGCUGGGCGGUUGCAGAAGGCGCGAGAUAUUAUUGGUCAGGCGUGUGCAAACUGUCCGCAAAACGAGGAGGUCUGGAUCGAGGCGGCGGGAUUGCAGCCGCCGGAAGAGGCGGAUGAUUGGUUAGCGGCGGGGGUUAGCAAGAACCCGGGUUCGGUGAAGCUGUGGCUUGAACGCGCUGCCCGACGGACUACAGUUGCUGAAAAAAAGAUCGUCUAUCGCGCGGCGCUCGAACAGAUUAGUAACUCCGUGCGACUCUGGCUCGACGCUGUCGCGCUGGAAACCCAAGACGACGCUAAGAUCCUCCUUGCCCGGGCUGUAGAGUGUGUACCGCAAUCCGUUUUACUCUGGCUCGAACUUGCCAAACGCUGCAAUGGCCAGGAAGCCAUGAAGGUUCUCAAUGAAGCCGGACGAACAUGCCCUAGUUCUAAUGAGAUCUGGCUCGCAGCUGCACAGCUAGACGAGGCCCGGGGGGGAACUAAUGGUACGAGAAUGAUUUCUCGAGCUAUAAAAAAGCUCGAACAAAAUGGAGUCGAAUUCGAUCGCAAACAAUGGCUCAAAUUCGCUUUCAAUAGCGAGGUCGACGGCAAUAAAACGAAGACCGCAGAAGCCAUCAUCUCCGUGUGUGGACAACUCUCCGUCAAACUUGAUUACCAAGUCGCAUCCGGUGCUAACGUGACCGGUGCUAACGUGACCGGUGCGGGUAGUGGGGGUGGGGGAGACGUGCAAGCAAGAGACGUGCAGUUGGACAUCGCCCGAUACAAACACGACCGCCUGGAAGAGACGCGGUCGGCGCUGGAUGCAGGCGCCCGGCAAUGUGCAGUAUACUUAUUGAGGGACGCGAUAAAAUAUGCUCCAAAGAAAAAGGCGUUCUGGACCAAGCUGUUGGAGAUCGACGGCAAGGGCGACCGACGAGGCGAGAUACUCGAAGAAGCACUCACCUUCUGCCCUCACAAACGAGACUUUUGGCUCAUGCUCACUAAACAUUAUCUGGAAUGGUCUAAGGACAUGGACCGCGCACGGGCGACGAUUGCCCGAGGACUCAAGGUACUACCCCGAGAUGAACAACUCCUUGUUGCUGGUGUGAAACUGGAGUCCCGCUUCGGUAGUCUUGACAAGGCACUAGACAUCAUCUCCGCAGCGGUAAGGGUGUCGGAGACCACUGACUCAGGGCACACUGCGUCAGGGACCACUGCGUCAGGGCAGACUGCGUCAGGGACCAGUGCCUGGGGGGCUGACGGGUUCGACAGCCCAUUGCUACGAAAACAUCACUUGACAUGUUUGCGGCUCAAGGGAGACUACGAACAAGCCAGAGAUGUUUGGAAACACGCAGUUGACAAGUACCCCUCCGCCGCCUACUUGUGGCUCAUCGGGGCUCAAUUGGAGCUGGAGAGCCCAAGUCUAAAAACCGAGUCGGAGGGAAGUAGGAGUGAGGUUAAAGAUGGAGCAAAGUCCUACGUGAAGCAGGAGUCAGAACCGGCCGGGGCAGAGUCUGCCGUAACAGAAUCUGGCGGAGCAGAGUCUGCCAAGGCAGACGCUGGCAUCGCUAGUGCUCCAUAUUCGGAGCCAGUCGCCGUUUCGGCCCAAGUCCCGGGUUCGAAUCCAACUCCAAGUUCGACGGUAGUUCCGGAGGAGCGUGCGGUGGCCAUAUUGGAAGCGGGGGUAAAGAAGGUGCCGACGGCAGCGGAGCUGUGGUUGGGUUUGGUGGAUACGUGCGUGCGUAUGGGUAAUCUUGGUCGUGCUCGGGCGCUACGGGAGCGCGGGAGUGUUUUGUUGCCAGGAUCGGACUUAUUGUGGAUGCGUGCGGUGGCUUUGGAUGUGGCGAGCGGAGUGGACCCGGCGGCGACACUGGCUCGGGGGUUGAGGGCAUGUCCUCAGUCAGGUCUGUUGUGGGCAUCCUUGGUCGAGACGGCGCCGGCGGCGACGAAGGGGGCGCGUGUGGUGGAGGGUUUGAAGGCGACAGAGAAUGACGUGUACGUAGUCUUGGCGGCAGCGCAGUUGUUCGAGAGUGAGAAGAAGGAGCGAAAAGCACAUGAGUGGUUCAACAAAGCUCGCGAGGCCGCUCCCGCCAACGGAGAUGUGUUCGUCGCACAUCUCGCCUUCGCGCUCCAGGUGUACGCACACAAACGACGUAGUGCACAUGAACAUACUGUACUCACCCUCCUCCAAAAAGCCGAAGACGCACAACCCAAUCAAGGCCUCCGCUGGUGGCUGCCCAUACACAAGGACCUCGCCAAUCGACACGCCACAGUCAGCAGGAAACUAGGCAUCGCCAUCGAGCGACACUUCCCCACACUCGACCUUAACCAAUUCACACCUGCCAUACAAACCCUCCUUAAACCGGCAUUGUCAUCACGGUGA